AUGUACCGACCGGCUCGACGACUAUCUGUGGCUCUUUGCGGUCCAUCAUCCGCUAGAUGGCGACUUACUCCUACCCCAUGCCGCGCUUGCCAGCGAAGCUCUCGGCAGCUUUCCACCUCCCAGCCUCUAGCAGCGUCGAAGCGGACGACAGACUUCAAUUCUGGCUACACAGGCAGCUAUGAUCCGAAUACUGAAAACGGCCGUGGUCCCAUGUUCACGAAAUCAAGCUUCGGAGUCCCUCAGUUUUACCCUCGCGAUCUGAAGAAGCGUGUUGACGCUUAUGUUGUCGGGCAAGACCGAGCCAAGAAGACCAUAUGCUCAACCAUAUUCAAUCAUUACCAGGGUGUACGGAGACGCCGUCAGCACGAGCACGAGGAAAGAAAUAGACGGGACAAGUUGAGUAGGCAGCGGUUAGUGCGGGAUCGCGAGCUUCACCAGAGGCGGCGUGAAACCCACCCUGUCGAAGGUCAGCGUUUCACAGAUGCCACUUCAAGGCGUCGCUCGGCUGACGAAACUUCUGAAGAUGACUUUCCAGGCCACCAGGAGUCUUUGCGGCACCUGAGUGAUACGAGGGAGACUGAGGAGGAUCCCUACGAGAGCCUGUACCAAGCUGAGGAUCCAUCCAUCCCCGAGCCUGUAAAGGUUGACAAGAGCAAUAUGCUCCUCAUCGGGCCUACAGGCGUAGGAAAGACCUACAUUCUGGAGACGCUAAGUAAAAAGAUCAACGUCCCCUUCUCCAUAUGCGACUGCAAUUCAUUCACCCAAGCUGGUUACAUCGGUCAAGAUGUCGAAUCCUGCAUUGAGCGCCUGCUCAUAGAGGCAAACAACGACAUCAAAGCUACAGAGCACGGAAUUGUUGUGCUGGACGAAUUUGACAAGAUUGCCCGACGAGAAACAACAACCGGCAGGGAUGUCGGGGGCGAAGGCGUGCAACAGGCAUUGCUGAAGCUCGUAGAGGGUACCAAAGUGACGAUCAACGUGAAGGACAACCGCUCUUCGCGAUCCACCCCGCCUAUCACAACGAACUUCAGUGGCGGAAGUUCCUCAACCGCUCAGGUGACACCUCCUGGCGGCAAGGUCGACCAAUACACCAUCGACACCACCAACAUCCUCUUUGUGUUUUGUGGUGCCUUUGUAGGCCUUGACAAGAAUGUUCUUCGUCGCGUUGCGAAACCCUCGGUCGGCUUUGGCGGGAAGGUCGAGGGACGAACAACGGUAGCUGGAACGAAGCAAGCGUUACCGCAGGAGCUCUUUUCCCAUCUCCCACAUUACACCGCUGCCUCGGCCUCGUCGUUUACACCGCUGGACCUCACAACGCCGGAGGAUUUGCAGGCGUUUGGCUUCAUCCCAGAACUGAUCGGCCGUUUGCACAACGUCUGUGCACUGAGCCCUUUAUCCACAGAUGACCUGUUUCGUAUCUUGACCGAGCCACGCAACAGCCUUGCUGCCCAGUACAUAGCGCUCUUCGAAACGUAUCCUUCGCGCUUGAACUUUACGGAAAAGGCGCUCUAUGCCAUCGCCGAGCGGGCGGAAAAGUCAGGUACCGGAGCCCGCGCCUUGAAGAUGGAGAUGGAACGGGUACUGGCCGAGCCAAUGUUCGACGCUCCCAUGCCUCAUGUACUGAUCACGGAGGCGUGCGUCCGCGGGCUAGAAAAGCCGCUCUACUGGGGUAAGGACGGGCGUUUCGAGCUUGACAGACGGCUGCAGGAAGAGGAGCUGAACCCACGGCCAGCAACUCAUCCAUCACCGUUUGAGCAGUACAGAGAAGCCGGUCAAAGCGGCGGUUGA